AUUACGAUGGGCCACGGUCACGGACAUGGACCCCCGUACAAGGUGCCGGAUGCAUCAAUCUACAAAGUGGCCGACGCUCCCGAGCUGGUGGAAGUUGAGCGUGCCCUCGCACGUCGUGGACUGAAGGAUCCAUGGCUACGGAAUGAAGUGUGGCGCUACAAUGUGAAGCAAUUUUCGACCCACCGUUCGCGGCUAAUUACGUUCCUGUUCAAGGGAUUCCCGCUCGGAUUCGCUGCCUUCGUUGCCACGAUCGGUGUAGAGUACGCGCUUGGUGUAGAUUAUCACGGCGGUCACGGACAUGGCAAUAGACACGGGGACGACAAGGGGCACGGAGGCGGUCAUCAUUAA